CUUGCUAGGGUCCUUUACGAUACCCGAGACCAACCUCAUGUCCCCGACCCGACGGCUCGCUCCUUGUUUUGAUCUGUAAUACGGUUUAUAUAACCUUCAUAACUUCGUCAUGGAUCCAGGUGCCGGUCCCCCUCCCGGUGGGUGUGUGGCGGUCGGCCCCGGCGGGCCGGAGGAGUUCACGGCGGUGAAGAGCAGGCGGAGCUCCAAGCGGAGACACGACCCGGGUAUGGACUGCGAGGCGGCGGUCAAACGGCCUCACUUCCCCCCGUUGUCCGGGGACAAGCUGAAGGGCGGUGCGGACGAGCUGCGGAAGGUGGCGGUCCCGGCCAACAGGUACACCCCCCUUAAAGAGAACUGGAUGAAGAUCUACACCCCCAUCGUGGAGAACCUCCAGCUGCAGGUUCGCUUCAACCUCAAGACCCGCAACGUGGAGAUCAAGACCUGUAAGGAUACUCUGGACAUCGGGGCGCUCACCAAGGCUUCGGACUUCGUCAAAGCCUUCGUGCUGGGGUUCCAGGUGGAGGAUGCGCUGGCACUCAUCCGGUUAGAUGAACUCUUCCUGGAGACUUUUGAUGUAACAGACGUGAAGCCCCUGAAAGGAGACCACCUCUCCCGAGCCGUGGGGAGGAUCGCCGGGACCGGCGGGAAAACCAAGUUCACCAUCGAGAACGUGACCAAGACCCGCAUCGUGCUGGCUGACACUAAGAUCCACCUGUUGGGAUCCUUCCAGAACAUCAAGAUGGCGCGGACGGCCAUCUGCAACCUGAUCCUUGGAAGUCCACCUUCAAAGGUUUACGGGAACAUCAGGACGGUGGCCAGCCGGACGGCCGAGCGCUUCUGAUCCCCGAUUGGCUGAUCUCUGCAUCGUCCUCUUCCUGAUUGGCUGCUGGGAGGUUCUCCUUCCAGAUCAGACCGUUCUGACAUUUGGACCAGAGUCUGAAGACCCCCCCCCCCGGACUCUGUGGUUCACCGCCAUCAUCAUGGAAAUAGAUGUUGAUGGGACUGUUAUCCCAAAGGCGAUGGGGAGAAGAUCAAAAAUGGCCACACAGUGUAUGCUCCUGUUUGGAAACAUAAGUUAAUGUAAAUAAAUGAAAGCCCCCUGAAUGAACUGUUGAAACAGGAUGUUGAUGAAUAGUACUCGAAUAAACCGGAAACUCAUGAA